AUGGUGCAGAAGCUGCGAACUCACCCUGCUGUUUCCGUUAUUGAAGAGCAUCAAAUCAUGCACGUCAAUGAGGAAGAGAAGUGCCAUUUGCAGAAGGAUGUUAUCUGGAACUUGGAUCGUAUUGAUACGCACAGCAUCGACAUGAUUGACGAUAACUACAACUACAACUCUGCCGGUCAGGGCGUUGACGUCUACAUCAUCGACACGGGGAUUCUGACGACCCACGUCGAGUUUGGAAAGAGAGCAGAGUGGGCUGUGAACUUGGCGGAGGACGGGAUCGACACUGAUUGCAAUGGGCACGGUGCGCUCUACGGUGUCGCCAAGAAUGCCACCGUGAUAGCAGUGAAAGUGCUUGGUUGCAAUGGAUUGGGCAAGAACGGAGCUGUCCUGAAAGGGAUCGAGUGGACUGUUAACGAGGCGCGAAGGCGUCGACGCCCUUCUGUGGCCAACGUGUCUGUCGGUAGUGGGAAGUCAAGCGCUACGAAUGCCGCAGUGGCCGCUGCUGUCCAGAGUGGAGUGACCGUCGUCGUUGCUGCUGGCAAUACGAACACGGACGCCUGUGACUUCAGUCCCUCCAGCGAACCCCUGGCGAUCACUGUACUGGCCACUACAAUCGGAACCAAUGAAGAGACCGGAGCUGCCCAGGACUGCCGCGUGGCGUCCUCCAACUACGGCUCCUGCGUCGACAUUGGGGCGCCCGGUCAGCUCAUCAAGUCCGCUUGGAUUGAUCAGAGAGGCUCGCCACCCAACGCCACCUACAACAUUCUCACUGGCACCUCGAUGGCAUCCCCUCACGUUGCUGGCGUUGCCGCCCUUGUGCUCAGCCAGUCCCCCAAGUAUAGCCCUGCUGAAGUCAAGGCAGCCUUGCAUGCCGACUCCACCAAUGGGGUGAUUGACCUGGCGUGCCCCUUCAUCCAACUGCCACCGUCCUGCGAGAUCACACCCAACAAGCUGCUUUACACGAACUGCUGA